AUGCUUAAUGAUCUACUACCACUGAAAAAAUCAUCAUCAUCAUUAAUAUUACUUAUAAUUAAUCAAUUACUUAUACUACCUAUUAUACCAUUACUUUUAAUAUCAAAUUUAAGUUCAAUACAUGCUUUGAAAAAUGAUCAUGAUAAACGAAUGCUAAUAAGAGCAUCAAUAUUAUCUACCACAGCACAGCCUACUGCUCAAAGAUCAUCUAAUAAUGUAAACAAUGAUGUACAAAAUGAUCCACAGAAUCCUACAAAUAUAAUAAUAGAUCCAACAAUAUCACCAUCAACUACAUCUAUAACAACAAGAGAAUUAUCUUCAACAAAUGAUGAAAUUCAAAGAUUAACAUUAACAGUACCUACAACAACUGCUAAUACUAAUGGAAAUAGAUCUUCUUCUACUUCAUCAAAUAGAUCUACUUCAACAAGUAUACCAUCAUCUUUAACUAGUGAAAAUUCUCAAGAUCAAGAAGUUUUCAAAAUGUUAUUUACAAUAGGAUCAGAUGAUUCUUAUUAUAAUGGUAGAUUUCAGUUUGGUGCAAAUUCACAAAGAGAUAAUAAUAGUAAUAACCAAAAUUUUCAAAAUAUUGGUUUAAGAUUAGAUUUGACACAACCUAAUAUAUGGGUAAUGAAUCAACAAAAUUUUAAUCCAUGUUCUGAAAUAUAUCAAUGGGUUAGUUCUUAUGCUAGUGAAUACCUGACAUUUUCAAGUUUACCAGCUUCUUUAACAACUGCAAGUUUUUAUACUGAUAAUUGUGCUAAAAGAGGAAUGUAUACUAGUUCAACUUUAAAUCAACCACAACCAUCUGAUGUUUCAGUUUCAAAUGGUGAUAAUUAUCUUAUACCUUAUAUGAAUCAAAUUCGUGCGUUUGGACAAUUUGUAACUGAUGAUUUCAAUUUUAAUAUUACUAAUGGAUAUAAUUAUCAAAUGUCUAAUUUCACUUUUUUGGAUGCAAAUGAUACAAAUAUGUUUGUUGGUGGGUUAGGUUUAGCUGGUCACCCCAAGGGUACAGGAUUCUUAUCUAGAUUAGUUGAAGGAAAUAUUAUCAAAAGUGAAAGUUAUUCAUUAUGGUUUAAUAAUGAUACAUACAAUAAUAAUUCAUUAGCUCAAUUAAUACCUGGAAUAGUUAAUAAAAAAUAUUAUAUUGGGAAUUUGUAUAGUUUUGAUAUGUUACCACAUCAAGGUAUAAGAUUUAAUGCAGAUGAACAACAAGCAAAUCAAGAUUUAAGCGAAUUAAUAUUACCUAUUAUAAAUUUAGAUGAUAUAAAAGUUGAAAGGUUAGAUACUGGACAAUCAUUAUCAAUAAAAUCAACUAAUAAUGCAUUACCUGUAUUAUUAGAUUCAAGAAUAGUUUUUUCAUAUUUACCUAUUGAUAUUUUAGUGAAUUUAGCUAUACAAACUAAUGCUUAUUAUUCACUGGAAGCUUCAAGAUGGGUUGUAAGUUGUGAUUUAUUAAGUAGUGGUAAUGCAACUUUAGAUUUUCAAAUUGGUUCAGACCUAGAAAUUAAAGUACCUUUUAAAGAUUUAAUUGUUGACGCUAUAUAUCAAGGAAAUACAUUACAUUUUGAAGAUGGUUCAAAAGCAUGUUAUUUAACUGUUUUACCUACUGAUAAUGCUGGGUUUAAUAGUUUGGGUUUACCUUUUUUGAAAAAUAUUUAUCUUGUGGUUGAUAAUGAUUAUCGAAAAAUAGCUAUAGCUAAUUCAAAUAAAUAUUUAACAAUAGAUGAAGAUGAUUAUUUGAAUAAAUUAUCUAGAAAUAAAUUAGAAAUUAUAAAAGAUGAUGAUAGUUAUAAUUCAACAAAUCAAACUUCAACAUCUGGUAAUAAUUCAAUCGCAUACAUUGAAUCAGGUACUAUCCCAUUUGCAACACCAAUGACUUAUGAUUCAGGUAAUGCAACAUUAUCAUAUUCACAGAUAUCUCAACAAUCAGGUAAUUCAGUGGUGUUAGAUAUUCCAGCAAGAUUAAGUGGUGCUAUUAUAAGAAGUGGAUCCAUAUAUUUAAGUGGGAAUCAAAUGGUUACUGGUAGUAAUUCAACAAAUUCUGAUUCUUUAUUAAACAAUUUAGGAUCAUCUACAUCACUGGGAUUAGCAAAUUCAUUAAAUUUUAAUUCACCUAAUUUUUCCAAAACCAAUCAACAAUUAUAUAAUUAUUUUAUUAUAUUCAUAGUGCUAGGAAUUGGUUUAAUUUUAUUAUGA